AUGGAUCACGGCAUUUCUAAGGAGCGGUCAAAGCUUCUGACAAAGAAAACGCAGUUUGCGCCAAUUGACGUGGACAACUUCCUCCCUCGUCAACAUGUUUUUCCAACGACAAGUCAAGGACAAACGAUGUCAACAGUAGUAACAUCUAAUGUCACAGCACCGGAAGAAAGGAUUUUACCAACAUCAUCCAUAGCAAAAAGAGUAAAUGCUGCCAACAGCACUGAAACCAACAGAGAUGUUGGUGAUGUGAAAAAGAAGUGGCAGGAUAUUAGCAGCCUCACUAAAAGAAAAGAAGCACAAAGGAUACGGGAGCGACAGGCUACUGGUGGGGGUCCAUACAUGGAAGAUGAUGCAAAGCCCUGGGAAAAAAUAGUGAGUAAACCCAUCACAACAACAAACUAG